AUGUAUAUCAGCGAGUUAUACGUCUACCCCAUCAAAUCACUCCAACCCACCAAACUCAAAGAGGCCACCAUUACUCGUCAUGGGAUCCUCUACGACCGAUGUUUCAUGCUGUUGAAAGUCAUGAUAUCCAAUGAAAAUGACAAGAACGAUACCUGCAUCGAAACAGAGGGCAAUAAAUCCAAGCCGACAUUGAAAAAUAUGCAUGUCCCGCAUUUCCCGCAAAUGUCCUUGUUCCUAACAGAUCUCAUUCUUCCUGAUGAUAAUGACGACAAGACGCAGCAAGAAAAAAAAAUCAUUGUCACAUAUCAAGAACCACCUGUAUCUGAGAAUAAACCCCGGAAAACAUUAGAGGUACCACUGGAACCAGACGUGGAUGGAUUAGAAAAAGUCCACGUGACGAUGCACCAAAGUCCUAUGACGGGUUAUAUCAUGGACAAGAAAUACAAUGACUGGUUCAGCGAGUGUUUUGGAUAUCCCGUUGUCUUGGCCUAUACAGGUCUGAACCGGAGGAGAGUCUUGGGAUCAAUGAAUCCGAAUAUUGUUCGCCAGUCAGCUCAAGGAGGUGGUUGGCUUUCUACAUUGACAAAUUAUGUACCUCGUCUUGGAACCGGGACUACGCAGGUGAAGGAUGAGGAGAUUCUCACCUUUGCCGAUUGUGCUUCGUAUAUGGUUGUGAAUGAAGAAUCAGUCAAGGACGUCGCCAGCCGACCAGGCCAGGGAAAAGUCGAAGUUACCAGAUUUCGACCAAAUAUUGUCAUCGGUGGUGCUGAGAGUGCAUGGGAAGAGGAUUUUUGGUCAGAGUUAACUCUGGCUAGUGCUACAGAUGAAGUACAGCUUAUAUUAACAUCGAAUUGCAUUCGAUGUCGCUCGUUGGACGUCGACUUUGAGACCGGCGAUUUUCACAAGGCGGAUGACGGGAUUAUCUACAAGAAACUGAACAAGGAUAGACGCGUCGAUCAAGGUGCCAAAUACAAGCCUGUCUUUGGCCGGUAUGGGUUUUUGAGGGAAGAUGUGGUGGCCAAGGUGCGAGUUGGAGAUGCUGUGACUGUUUCGAAGAGAGCCGAUGAGCGGACUGUUUUUGGCCCGGGACAUGUCAGCAUCGCCCACUUGACAGCACUACUCGGUAAAGAGAAGGCCGUGGUUGUGAGAGCUGCAAUUGCCGAAAAGGCCGUCUCUUCAUCUUGGAUUUAG